AUGAACCAAGCCAAACAUAAGGACAAGUAUGUUAAUGAGGGCCUUGGAGGAUCUCCAGAGGCAAAUGUAGUUAUCUUCUUUGGGGUCAGUAGUGCCCCCAAACUGACACUCAUUCCACCCAUUCAGCUGAGCCCAGAACAGGGCAUUGUGAAGCCCCAGCAUCUGGCUAUGACAGAUACAGUGUUUAGCAACAGUUCUGAUCGCUGGAUGUGCCCCAAUGACAGAACCAUGGCUCUCCACACAAGUGAAAAGGAACAGCUCCCAACAGGAUGGUCUGUCCGCCCUGACCAGCCUGCAGGAUCAAGAAAGAAUGAAGAGCUGACUGAUGAAGAAAAGGAGAUUAUCAACAGAGUGAUCGCCCGAGCUGAGAAAAUGGAGGAGAUGGAGCAGGAGCGCAUAGGGCGCCUGGUGGAUCGCUUAGAGAACAUGAGAAAGAAUGUGGCUGGAGAUGGAGUAAACCGCUGUAUCCUGUGUGGAGAACAACUGGGAAUUCUGGGCUCCUCCUGUGUGGUGUGUGAGGACUGCAAGAAGAAUGUCUGCACCAAGUGUGGAGUGGAGACCUCAAACAGUCGUCCGCAUUCCAUCUGGCUUUGCAAGAUUUGCAGUGAGCAAAGAGAGGUAUGGAAGCGUUCUGGAGCAUGGUUCUUCAAGGGUUUCCCCAAACAAGUGCUCCCUCAGCCCAUGCCAGUGAAGAAAUCCAAGCCUCAGCAGCCACCCAGUGAGCCCAGCUCAUCAGAGCCACCCACCCACCUGGAGCCCAAGACUCAUCCCCGAGCACCGAGCAGAGGCCCAGGAGAGGCUGGCCUCCCUGGUGAACAUGGUCCUGAGCCUGCAGCUGCUUCUGGCAGGGGCAGUUACGGCCCCCCAACACGCAGGGCCUCCGAGGCCCGCAUGAGCUCCGGUGGAACCGACUACACGGGCCGGGACUCCGAAGGCCGGGACUACGGCCCAGGCGGGGCCGCCGGUGCCGAUGCCAGCCGGAGUCCGGCAGGUUUGAGACGGGCCAACUCAGUUCAGGCCUCCAGACCCUCUCAAGCACCCAGCCAAAGUGCCGCAGCUCAGCCUGGUCCCCCAGGACCCCCAGGGGUCAGCAGACCAGGACCAAAUACAGCUGGCAGAUUUCCAGAUCAAAGACCAGUUCAGGGAGACGUGGCCCAAGGGGAGCCUGCCUACCCUUCAGCAGCGGCCACUCCUCGCGAUGACCGAGCAGGGGAUGUGGCAGGUUACCCCUCAGCUGGAGCUAAGGAAGAUCGUGCAGCCCGACGAAUGGGAGCCUACUCUCAGGCAGCUGCUGCACCCCAGCCUGCUGCCGCCCCAGCCCGGCAGCAGCAGCAGCCACCCCCAGAAGAGGAUGAAGAAGAGGCAAAUAGCUAUGAUUCUGAUGAAGCAAAUCAUUAUGAGCUGACUUCCACUGGUUGUAAAUGUAAGGAAGUUUUCCCUGAAAUCAAUCCUAAAUUGGGAUUAAAGCCGAUGGACUCCAAUGGCCUGGCUGAUCCCUAUGUUAAGCUGCACCUUCUGCCUGGCGCCAGCAAGUCUAACAAGUUACGGACAAAAACUCUGAGGAAUACACGGAAUCCCAUCUGGAAUGAAACCUUAGUCUAUCAUGGCAUCACUGAUGAGGACAUGCAAAGGAAGACUCUGAGGAUUUCUGUAUGUGAUGAAGACAAGUUUGGCCAUAAUGAAUUCAUUGGAGAAACCAGAUUUUCCCUGAAGAAACUGAAGCCCAAUCAGAAGAAGAAUUUCAACAUCUGCUUGGAGCGGGUUAUCCCUAUGAAGCGAGCUGGGACCACAGGAUCAGCAAGAGGCAUGGCACUCUAUGAAGAGGAGCAGGUGGAACGUGUGGGCGAUAUUGAGGAACGUGGCAAGAUCCUGGUGUCACUCAUGUAUAGCACCCAGCAAGGAGGCCUCAUCGUGGGUAUUGUGCGCUGUGUCCACUUGGCUGCAAUGGAUGCUAAUGGCUACUCUGACCCCUUCGUCAAACUUUGGCUGAAGCCAGACAUGGGGAAGAAGGCCAAGCACAAGACCCAGAUCAAAAAGAAGACUUUGAAUCCUGAGUUUAAUGAGGAAUUUUUCUAUGAUAUAAAACAUAGUGAUCUGGCCAAAAAGUCACUGGACAUCUCAGUUUGGGAUUAUGAUAUUGGCAAGUCCAACGAUUACAUUGGUGGCUGCCAGCUCGGCAUCACCGCCAAGGGAGAGCGCUUAAAACACUGGUACGAGUGUCUAAAGAACAAGGACAAGAAGAUUGAACGUUGGCACAACCUACAGAAUGAGAACCAUGUCUCAAGCGAUUAA